GUUUUGUUCAUGAAAAAUGAGAUUUCAAAUCAUUGAGCAGAAAGAACAAAGGAUCAAAAUCCCCGAUUUUUCGAAUGGAACUUUCAAUAAAUUCAUCAACUUUUUGGUUGUGGGGACUGAACCCACGCCUUGAUUUUGAAUUUCUUCAAAUUCUAUUCCUUUUCCUAUUCGGUUUCUUCAUUCACCACCUUUUUUUAUAUAAGGGAAACAAUUCACUGUUUCUGCUCAACAAUCUCAACCCCGGAUUUUUCCGAUUUCAGCUUCAUUCCCCAAUCGGGGUUCUUAGUUUUUGAUUGAUUAUUGUCAUUCAACACUUUCUCCAGCUUCAUUGCUACUCGAUUCAGGGUUUACCAUAUGUUUCUAAUUGUUUAUUGUUAUUGUGGCGGUGGAGAAAUGUGAGAUUCGAUUCCAUUCCAUUCGAUUCGUCAUUGAAGAAAUUUAUGUUAAAUUGUCGACGCUCCUUCAAUCAAAUACUGUACUAUGCUCGAUUUCCUUUAAUGGCAGCUUACUCCAUGACGCAAAAUCUUCGAUUAUCUCAUUUUGAUAUGCAACCGCAUCGUGCUCCUCAACAAUUGCUAUUUGAACGAUGUUGUGGAUUACCCAUUACUGGAGAGCUUGUUCUUCGUGGGUUUUCAGGAAAUAGAUGCACUGGAUUUAGUCUUAAAGCUUGUGCUCAAUCUCCCCAAGAUAAUUACAGUAACGGCUCGUUUGGGUUCAAUGCUAAGGGUCCAACACUUGCUCGUCGUCCACAGCUGCUUAACAGUGUUGAUAAUUUAGUUGAUGGAAUUGAUCGUAGAUUUUCUUCUUCUGUUCAUGAGGAGCCCAAAUGGGGAAAUCCUUUAACGUUCCAUGAAAUAUCUUCCAGGGAUAAACUUGUUGUUGCUGUUGACAUCGAUGAGGUUUUGGGAAACUUUGUCUCGGCUCUUAACAAGUUUGUUGCUGAUCGUUAUUCUUCAAAUCAUUCAGUUUCAGAGUAUCAUGUCUAUGAAUUCUUCAGGAUAUGGAAGUGCUCUCGUGAUGAAGCCAAUAUUCGAGUUCAUGAGUUCUUCAAGACACCAUAUUUCAAGACAGGAAUCUGGCCUAUACCCGGAGCACAGAGCACGCUCCUCAAGUUAUCGAGAUUUUGUCACCUAUCAGUUGUAACGUCUCGACAAAAUGCAAUUAAAGAACACACGCUAGAGUGGAUCGAGAAGCACUACCAAGGGCUGUUUCAGGAGAUUCACUUUGGAAAUCACUUUGCUCUAGAUGGAGAAUCCAGAUCAAAGGCAGAAAUAUGCAAGUCCUUUGGAGCAAGUGUGCUAAUUGACGACAACCCAAGAUACGCAAUCGAAUGCGCUGAAGCGGGGAUUCGAGUUCUACUUUUUGACUAUGAGAAUUCAUAUCCAUGGUGCAAGACUGAGUGUGGGGAUCUGCCUCCUUUGGUAACUAAAGUUCAUAAUUGGGAAGAAGUAGAGAAACAAUUAGCCUCAUGUGUUCUUCCCUCUUAGGGUUUAGCAAAUAGAAGUUGAAUAUAUAUUUUAACAAGUGGCUGCUUUAUUUAAAAACAUGAAAUGUGGGAUUUUGGUGGUUGGUGGAGGUUGUAGGAAUAUUGAUGUAAUUGUUUAUGGGGUUAGCAUUAAACCCAACUUUCAUUAUCCCAUAAUUUAAUUUCCUUAAUUUUCUAACAAAAUAACAUAAUCUCUCUCUCAUUUUGUCUC